UCUCCAUACAUUCAUUCUACCAGGUAAUUCAAAUCAAGCGCCGCCUUGGCAGGAAUGAUCGGAGGCGGAACAACACGGACAGUUCUCAAAACGGCGCAGAAAAUCUUCGUAGCUCGGACGUGCAUUUCUCUAUCACUUAAUGGAAAACAAAGGAACAGCCACGACUUUUGCACGUGCGCUGCCACUGCAAGUUCGAACAGCAGAAGCAGCAUUGUGUCACGUGGCGAAAUUUCUUAUGUUUCAACUACUCGUACCGUUUCUAGUUCAAUCUACGAUUAUAACGUUCGAAUGGGGGAAGUGGGUCGAGGAGGAAACGUUGCUGCAGCGCGCAAGCUGUUUGACGAUAUGCCCGAACGAGAUAAGGUGUCUUAUGCUUCAAUGAUCAGUAUUUAUCUCAAGCACGACGAGUUUCAUAAAGCUGAGAGGCUUUUCUGUGAAACUCCCGCGUGUAUGAGAAGCAUUGUGGCGAAUUCUGCUAUGGUUCAUGCUUAUGCAAAGGCUGGUCGAAUUGAUAGAGCGCAAGAGAUAUUUGAUAAAAUGCCUGAGAGAAAUGCAUUCUCUUGGACUAGUUUGAUUUCAGGAUAUUUUAAACUAGGGAAAGUUGACAACGCUCUCGAUCUUUUUCGGAAAAUGCCUGAAGGAGACAAAAACGAGAUUACAUGGACAAAUGUCAUUUUGGGUUUGGCACGAAAUGGGUUGGUUUUUGAAGCACGGGGCGCUUUUGAUCGGAUGCCCGUGAAAAAUGUGGUAGCAUGGACCUCAAUGAUCAAGGCAUAUGUGGAGAAUUCUUUGGUUGACGAGGCAUUUGAACUCUUUAAAGUGAUGCCAAUGCGUAAUUUGUACUCUUGGAAUAUUAUGAUUUGUGGGUUUAUGGAUAAAAACAGAGUAAAUGAAGCGAAGGAGCUGUUUGAAUCUAUGCCAUGGAGGAACGCUGUUUCUUGGACUACUAUGGUGACUGGACUUGCACGAAAUGGGAUGACUGUGUUAGCUAGGAAAUACUUUGACCAAACUCCAAAUAAGGAUAUUUCAGCAUGGAAUGCAAUGAUCACAGCUUAUACCGGUGAAGGUCGUAUGGUUGAGGCUGGCGAACUUUUUAAGUCGAUGCCUAAAAGAAAUAUCGUCACUUGGAAUGCAAUAAUUGACGGUUACUCCAAGGACCGGCAAGAGGAUGAAGCCUUUCUUCACUUUGUUUCGAUGCUUCGCAGCUGCAUUAGCCCAAACGAGACCAGUCUUACAAGCUUACUAACUUCAUGCACUGGUAUUUUGGGUGUGCUGCAAGCGCAUGGUCUCAUCGUGCAACUUGGAUUUGACACAGAAACAUCACUUGCUAAUACUUUGAUUACCAUGUGUUAUAGAAGUGGUGAUAUCUCCUCAGCUCGGGUUGCUUUCGACAAUCUCGAGGCGAAGGACAUUGUGACUUGGACUGCAAUGAUAUUAGCAUAUUCGAUUCUUGGAUUCGGCAUACAUGCAUUGCAGGUAUUUGCUCGGAUGCUACGAUCGGGACAUAAUCCGGACGGAAUUACGUUUGUAGGAGUUUUGUCGGCCUGUAGUCAUGCUGGCUUUGUUAAGAAAGGUCGAAUGCUUUUUGACUCGAUAAGGAGUGCUUAUGGUUUAGAACUGAUGCCGGAGCACUACUCUUGCCUUGUUGACAUACUCGGAAGAGCAGGGCUUGUGAAUGAGGCUAUGAAAGUGGUCGAUGAGAUGCCGCCAGAUAAAUAUGAUGGUGUAGUUCUUGGGGCAUUGCUUGGUGCUUGCAGAUUGCAUGGAGUUGAUGAACUGGUCGAUCAGAUAGGUGAUGAACUUAUAGAGAUUGAGCCAGCUAGUUCUGGUGGAUACGUUCUAUUGGCUAAUGCCUAUGCUGCAUCUGGAAAAUGGGACAAGUUUUCGGAAUUAAGGAAAAAGAUGAAGGACAGAGAUGUAAAAAAGUUGCCUGGUUUAAGUCAAAUUGACGUUAAUGGCAAGAGUCAUGUAUUUUUGGCACGUGAUAGAUCUCAUCCUGAAAUGGAGGAAAUGUACAAGUUGCUGCAUGAAAAACUUCUCCCUCAAAUGCAGGAUUUUGGUUUUGACACAGCUGUGAUAUUGUAGUUUCGGAAUGAAGAACUCUGUUACUCGACUAAUGGACCGCGUUUCUAAAAACCGAGGCAGACAAGUUCUAGUAAAUUAGUCUGUGGAUGUGUUGUGAUGGAAUCAUGAAAGAAUUUGAAUAUUCAUUUAAUAAUGGAAAGCAACGUGAGGCAUACAGUACAUACAAAACGAGAGGGUCCAGCAGCAGUAUGAGCAAAUCCGUUAUAGCCGCAAACGACUCGCGGAUCAUUCCCUCCCACAAUCACCAAAACAUUCGGAAAUUCAAGAUUCUCCAGUGCCGCCGCAUCCUCAGCGCUCAAUUCAGUGCCGCC